CAUUUUAAGUAGUUUAAAUUGCAUAUUUAAGUCGAAAUUUUAAAUUUUAUUUUCUCAAGUUUAUGUCGAGAUAACAUGCUCUUCCUCUCUUCUCAGGAAACGAAAGUUGAAAAUUUUCGUACUGUUUCUCGUUGUUCUGAAUUCUGCUAGUUCCAAUGACGAACUCAAUGGGUCCUCCACCUCCCAAAAACCCUAAUCUUCCAUCUCAAACCCUAACUUCAUCACCUCCUCCGAAUCCUGAUUCUCAUUCAUCCCAAUCCACCACCAAUGAUUCAUCACAACCCGAACAACCACCGCCACCACCACCACCACCGUUCGAUUCCACCGAUACUCAAACCCCCAAACCAUCUCAAGGUAUAGCGGUUCCGUAUAAGAUUCCUCUUUGGAACGCCGCUCCCUGCCAUGAAUUCUACCUCGAGGUUCUCAAGGAUGGUUCCAUCAUCGACAAAUUUAAUGUGUAUGAGAAAGGUGCUUAUAUGUUUGGGCGAUUGGAUCUCUGUGAUUUUGUGCUUGAACAUCCAACUAUUUCUAGGUUUCAUGCUGUUAUACAGUUUAAGAGAAGCGGCGAGGCUUAUCUCUAUGAUCUCGGGAGUACUCACGGCACCUUUUUGAACAAAAAUCAGGUGGAGAAAAACACAUAUAUUGACUUGCGUGUUGGUGAUGUCAUUCGAUUUGGCCGGUCAUCUCGGAUGUUCAUUUUUCAAGGACCGUCUGAGUUGAUGCCUCCUGAGACUAAUGUAAAACUUAAGAGAGAAAUGAAGAUGCGGGAAGCAAUGCUAGAUAAGGAAGCUUCACUCCGACGAGCAAAGCUUGAAGCAUCUGAUGCUGAGGGUAUAUCAUGGGGAAUGGGUGAGGAUGCCAUUGAAGAAGAUGAGGAUGAUGUUGAAGAAAUAACGUGGCAGUCAUAUAAAGGACAGCUUACCGAAAAACAGGAAAAAACCCGUGAGAAAAUAUUAAAAAGAAUGGAAAAGGUAGGUAACAUGAAGAAAGAAAUAAAUGCAAUACGAGUUAAAGACAUUUCUCAGGGUGGAUUAACACAAGGUCAACAGACUCAGAUUGCUAGGAAUGAGCAAAGAAUGGAACAGAUAUUGGAAGAACUUGAAAACUUGGAAGAAACACUGAAUGAUAGUAUUCGAGAAAGUUUAGGUGCACGCACAGGAAAACUAUCUCACGGGAAGAAGAAAGGUGCAGUAGAAGACGAAGAAGAAUAUUUAAGUGAUGAUGAUGAUGAAUUUUAUGACCGUACGAAGAAAAAGCCUUCUUACAAGAAGCCUGGUGAUAAUCAAUCAGUGGAGACUGCGGAUACUCUUCUUGAUAAGAGAGAUACAAUCAUUAAGGAAAUGAAUGACAAGAAAGAGUUGCUUAUGACUGAGAAGAACAAAAUGUUGUCAGAGAGUACCACACAAGAUGACGUUGAUGAUGCACUUGAUGCUUACAUGUCUGGGCUUUCAUCUCAACUAGUGUAUGAUAAAAGUGCGCAGCUUGAGAAGGAAUUAUCAACUCUUCAGUCUGAUCUUGAUAGGAUCUCCUACCUGUUGAAGAUUGCCGACCCAACAGGAGAAGCUGCCAAGAAAAGGGAGUUGAAAGUACAAGAGCCCAAACCAAUAAAAUCCGAAGAAGUUGCCUCUACUACUAAGGAGAAACCACCUGCAGAAACCCAGAAAAGCAAUGAACCUUGUCUGAAGGUAGAUGACAAUAAACCACAUGUGGAAACCCAGAAAAUUAGUGAUGCUUGUGUUAAGGAAGAUAGCUCUGUAAAAGGAGAGGAACCUGCAGCUACAACUGUGGCUUUGGACAAGUCACAACCCGACAAUGAUGAGUUGGAGACUGAGAAUGCUGUAUAUGUCGCUCCAAAGCCCCAAUGGCUUGGAGCUGUGGAGGACAGGGUUACAGAAGAUAAGCAACAGCUGAAUGCCCCUCUUUAUCUGCAUGAGACAGAUGAAUCCAAUCAGUUUGUUGACUAUAAGGACAGGAACAAAAUUUUGGGCAGUGGUGAUGAUGAAAGGACAUCAUUUGAAUCUACAAUUGAGUCUGCUGCUCCUGGUCUAAUUUUAAGAAAACGGAAGCAAACUGAGACAACCAAUAAUGAUGCUUCUCAGCAAUCGACAUCUUCCACCUCAGGUGAACAAAUGGCUGAGGAUGCUGUGGCACUAUUAUUAAAGUACAAAAGGGGACUGUAUGCUGCUGAUGACGAUGAUGGAAGAGAUGAAAGCCUAGAGAGGAGGCCUAAAAGAGUUCUUGGGCCUGAAAAACCAUCAUUUUUAAGUGAUGAAACAGAUCACGCCACAUGGGUUCCUCCAAAAGGACAAUCAGGUGAUGGAAGGACUUCCUUGAAUGAUAAAUAUGGUUACUGAGGUAGAAUGAGAUACAACAUUGAUCAAUGGAAGAAAUGAAUUCAAGCUGCAUAUUCACGUAAGAAUGUAUCUAAGUAUCAGGCUGAACCUGCUUAGUAUUGACGAUCUUUCAUGACUUUCAGUGACCUUGGCUUUGUUACGCUGAACUAAAAGGAUGAUGAAGGUUGUUGGUGAAGGACUACUGUAAGUAGUAUAAUAGAGACACAGCAGGGUGAAAGGAUUACAGUAAUGUAGUAAGUAACAUUGCUGGUUGAGAUCCACUUCAUUGAUUCUGGAUGACAUAGCUGCCUUGUGUACAGCUGAAACAUCUCAGUACCGAGUUGCUUUUGUUUCUUUGAGAAGUUCUGAAUGAAGUGGCCAAUUACCAACAUAGAGAAUUAACCCAAAAACAUAGACCAAUGUACAGUCUGUGUGUGUUGCUGUUCUUUGCAAACCUAUUUAAGCAUUAGAAACAUUUAAAAAAAAAAAAAGGCUUUAGUGCUAAGAAACCUUGGAGCUUCUCCAAUGCAAGGAGAAUAAGAACAAUAUUUGGCGUUCUUAAGUUGUUUUUUACUCCUACACAAGAAUUAUAGUUGUGUUCUUAACUUACUUUGGGUCCCACAAAUUCACCACCUAGUAUGGAAAAUUUAUUGAUAGGUUAUUUUUAUGUCUCUGAACUCCACUGCUGAAAAAAAAUUUACAAGGUUUUCCUGUUGUUAUUUUCAAUCAAAGGAGAGGGAGAUUAUUGUCAUCAAAAUUGUGCACAGAAAAAUGGAAUUUGAGGUGUUUGUGCUU